GUCACAGGAACGGGAUCAGUGCACAGGAAGCAGCAUCCCUGCACCGCCUGUCUGAAUAGAAGCCAGAAGACCAAUAGCAUCAACCAUCAGUGCUAGCAAAAUCGCUUUAUCCAUACUUCAGCAAACAUCAGGGUACUUGGAGAAUACACGCUAGAUUCCCCAGACUUCCAGAGAGGUUACCACGGCAAGAGGUUGUGGGAAACCCAGGACAGACAUGCUGCCUUUCUACAUGGCAUUGGUUUUAGAAUCGUUUGCGUCUUAGGAAAAUUCUUAGCUAAUAAGUACCUGAGUAUUAGGUCUGUCUCUAGAGGGUGGGAGCAAUGGCUGUGGCUCUAUUAGAUGACUGGUGUAAGGGGAUGGACCUGGAUCCCAAGAAGGCGGUGCUCGUUGUGGGCAUCCCUGUGCAGUGCAGUGAGGCUGAGAUAAAGGACACGCUGAAGGAAGGCUUACCUCCUUUGUGUGCUCACAAGGUGAUAGGUAGAAUGUUCAGGAGGGAAGACAAAGCUAAGGCCGUCUUAAUUGAACUGACAGAAGUUGUCGAUUAUACUAUGAUGCCCACUCAUAUACCAGCAGCAGGGGGGGCCUGGGAAGUGGUAGUCAAACCCCGUAGCCCAGAUAAUGAGUUUAUCAAUAAGCUGAUCUACUUUCUGAAAGAUGAAGGACGGAGAAUGGUAGAUGUAGCCAAAGCCCUGGGGUUUAGCACUGCCCCUACAGUGAGCAUGGAGCUAAGGAAUUCAGACCAAGACAAACCAGAAGGUUUGAAGUCUCUGUGCAAUAGCGUGUGUUACCGAAAACUGAAAGUGUUUUCUGGCAGUCCCUUUCCAGGCCCAGGAGAGGAGACCUUUGAAACCUGGUUAGAGGAGGUCACUGAGAGGAUGCAGUUAUGGCAGGUGGGUGAGGAGGAGAAGAAGCGGCGCCUUCUAGAGAGCCUGCGAGGCUCUGCCCUGUCAAUUAUGCAGGCACUCGGGGCUAGCAGUGACUCCCUAACUAUGGAGCAGUGCUUGAAAGCACUAAAGCAGGUCUUUGGGAAUAAAGAGGACUGUAAGGUCUUACAGUUCCAAUGCCGUCAGAAUCCGAUUUCCUCUCAGAAAGCUGUAGAGAAGCUGUCUGACUAUUUGCUGCGCUUAGAGCCCCUCCUGCAGAAAGCAGCGCAGCAGAGCCCCUUGGCAGCACACAGCACAGAUUCGAUUCGCCUCCAGCAUGUCUUAGCUCGAGUCUCCCUGACCACUGGCCUUAGGAGCAGGCUAUCCCUCUUAGAUCAGCAAGGGUGCCCACCCACUUUUCUGGAGUUAAUGAAACUCACUCAAGAGGAAGAAGAGUGGGAGACCAGCAUGGUGGCGAAGGAGGAGCAGAAUCGGGCUGGGAAGGAGAGUGGCCCAUGUGAGGCAGCAGCAGAUCAGGUUACCACCCAGGCAGGGUUCUUUCGGGAGAUCAGCACCCAGACCACAGGAGAGGAAAUUAUAUCAGUGAAACGGAGGCGACUGCUAUGGAGAGCCAGUGCUGGGGAGGACGGGCCUCUGGGGCAGUCAAGUUUGGGGGCUAAAAAUGAACCUGAGGAGCAGAAACCCCAUGUUGUAGCUCAGGAGUCGGGAAACGAGCGAGGGGCUGGGGCUAUGAGCCACCCCAACCCCAGGGAAAUAUAGGCUCAAGAAAUCCAGAAACUCCUUCUUCUAGCAGGCAACAAAGAUACCUUGGCAAAAUGAUGGGGCAGCCCAGACAUGGCAGGGGACUUAAGUUGUACAGAAGGGCAAGGUGGCCAGGGCCAGGAUAAAGCAUCUCACAGGCCACUAAUUAGAAAUGAUUAUAACAAGCAAAAACAAGCUCCACCUAGCUCAGUGACUACCAUAUCCCAGGCUUGUGGAGAAUACCAGAAAAAGAAAUGGGGAACUACUAUAGCCAAACUUCAGGAUGAUCCAGACUCCAGUUGGGAUGCUAGUGAAUCGGAGGAUGAAGGUAGUGAGGGCGGUGACUCUGAGCUAAGAAUGCCCACCGGCACUGAAGCAAGACAGGGCUUGGAGGAACCGAUCACAGGGCUGUCCUGGCCAGAGAGAACCAAUGCCUGGGGAGAAGUGCAGCAAGGCCGGGAGACAGUGCUCCGGAGAGGAGGCCGCAGGAUCCAGCCUGUCUUCAGGAUCAUCUACACUGCUCUAGGGGAGCCUCACGAGGGCAGCACCCUUGAGUCCUUUCGUGAGUGAAACACCAGGGUCCCUGGACCCAAAGGCCCCGGGACACCAGUGCCAACCCGGAGGCAGAUCCCAUCCUGGCACCCCGGCAGGACUGUGAGUGGGGGGAAGACAGCAGUGCCCAAGAAGAUCCCCGGGCUAGGGGUGCGUACCCAGCACCAUAAGGUUUGUGCCCUCAGCUGGUCUGAGAGCCCAUGAGUGUGCAGGACAGAUUGGUGUGAACAAGGAGGUGGAAGAGCAGCAGCAGGAGGACUUGGUGGGGCGGUAGUUUGUUCUGGUCUCUUUUGUCCAGGGCUGCUGGAGAAAUCCAGAGAGCAAGCAAGGAGAGCCUGGUGAAUACAACUCGGCAGGCAGCUGCCACGGCUGGCCCCCAACCCUGCCGACCUGAGAGGGUGGCCUGGCGCUGCUGCCGAGGUGCCAUCCUCCGUCUGCCAUCCACACCAGACGGGUGGAAGUUACAGAAGAGGCCGCCUCAAGGGUUCUUUCUGCCUGGCUCUCCCAACACGGAUGCCCCCUCCCCAUUGCUAUCCCGAGGGAGGCUACUCCCGCCUCUGGAACCCCUCCCUCCACUUAUCUGCUAACCUCAUAGUGACCCACUCGGCUGUCCACCGAGUCCUUUCCCCCUUGAGUGCUCAUCCCCCACCCGUUGCUUCUGUACCAAGCUGUGAGUGAAGUGUGUGUUAACUUGAGCAGCUGGAGGCCCUGACUACCUGGUCAGUGGCCCCUACUCCCGGCACGUGUUGUGAGCUUCUGUGAGCUGCUUUGCCAGCCAAGGCUGCCUAGCUCCCCUCCCACCGGUGUUGUGAACGCUUCUCGUCUGCUUUCCCGGUGUACAUCUAGGCCAGCUGCCCGCUGCUUGCUCUCCUGCAGAUGUGUGGGUGUUCUUACACGAUCAAGUGCUCCCCAGAACCCCCAGGCCCAGUCCUGGAUGCCAGCGGGAAGCAAGGAUGUCGACAAGGGACUGGUUGAUUUGGUGUGGGACUGUGCUGUGAUCUAUGCCUGCUGUUACUUACGACUAUUUUCUAGGGCUGGUGGGGUGCUGCAAGCAAGGCCCCCCCAUUUCCCUGUGAUGGGUCUGUGAUGCUGUAAGGCAGCACCGUCCUAUAGUGGUAAACCCUUGAGAGCAUUCGUAAGGGGCAAGGGGCAUUAUCAGAGCACCUAAGACAGCAUAUUGUAGCAGAAGGUCCUUGUGUAGACAGGACCCUGUGAGGGGGGAAGGGCAGAGCCUGUAACUUCUAGUGCCCAUUGAAAGUUUCUGUGUUACCUUUUUUUUAGUGGUUUUAGUACAAGUUUUUGUUGAAUAAAUUUCAUGAAUGUU